AUACUUGCCGCCGGGGCCAUGAGACGUUGAACUUCAUGGUGUUCACAUUUGCGACUCCGUCGAUCCGUUCAAUCUUGAAGAUUUAUCCCCGAGGAUAUGAACGCACCGGUGACGGCUGCAAACCGAGUAUCUAUCGAUGCUCUCAAUGGCCACAGCAUUUUCUCUCUGCGCGACUUACGUAUUCAUAAGUUUCGUUCACUCUAGUGGAGCGGUUACGACAAUCCCAGAUUGGCCGCUCAUCACACCAGGGCCGAAGUUGGUAUUGCAGCCUCGCACGCAAGAUUUGGCUCUUUGGGGGUAUGUGAGCGGAAACUCCAACUCGCCCUUGAGCUGUCCUUCUGGUUUCACUGCUACUUUUGACGGCGCAGCGGACAACUUCGUUGCAUGUUGUAACGGCGUUACCUGCACGAACGAUUACCAUACUUGCAAUGACUAUUUGGGAACAGCCUGCCCGGAACCCGGCAUUUGCAGCGAAAUAUAUACCCAAUAUCUGCAAUGUGCGGCUGCUACGCCUUCUUGCAUUCUCUAUGCACGGAUAACUGGACCAGAGGAUGGGAACAGCAAAAGUUCGUUUGCAUGUGGACAGACGGGAGGUACUGUGUUAGUGUUGCCCAGUGUGACUGGCGCAUCAACCGCAACAGACGCUAGCAAGUCCAGCACAUCUCAUCCUCUGACUGAUGAUUUCCUCUCAAGUUACAGCAACCUUUUUCCAAUUUCUACUUCUAAGACAUCUCAUGCAGAAGAGAGCAAGAGCAUCACUUCCAUUGAGACAUCGAGCACAUCUCCGACACCAACUCAUUCAAAAUCGGGUGGCAUGGAUGCAUCGACCAAGGCAACAAUUGCCGGAGUGAUUAUUGCUGGAGUCACUGUGCCAUUGAUGAUUCUUGGCAUCUUUGCUGCUAUUAUUCCGGUGCAGACCUUAAAGUGUCUCACUUGCGGUAAAAGACCGAAGUCAAAAACCACUUCGACUGGGGAGUUGCGUCCUCCUACUAAUCCGGAGCUUCGGCCAGCGAUUGUGAAUGCUGGUCUUACCCGCAUCAACAACGCAUUUCAUACGCAGCCGGAGCCGCAGCGGUAUACGAUGAACUAUUAUCCGCAACCGCAGCCGCAAUAUCAACCCCAAUAUCAGCCAUUAUACCCACAACAUCAGUAUCGCUGAUACCAGAAUUUGCUUGUUAUAUGACAAACUUAUGGCGCAAUUGUGUAUUCAUUUUUAUUUCUAUAUCCCCAGGAAGCUC